AUGGAUCAAACAUCUGCUGAGCGGCCGGCCAAGCGGGUGCGGCAGGCUUGUGAGCCAUGCAGGCGCAAGAAGGCUAAGUGCCCUGGCGAGCAGCCAACUUGUUCACUCUGUGCACGCUUACAUCAAACCUGUGUGUAUGAUGGGGAAAGGCGCAGGUAUCUAUCGCAUUCCGCUUCAAUGCAGGAGUCGACGCCGUUAUCCGCACCGGAAAUUGAGUUUCCUCGGAUUCUGGAAGAUCGACUAGGAGGUCUCGAAGCGAAAAUGGCAGAGGUCAUCGAAACUUUAAGGCAAAACAACUCGGGGCGCAGCCAUCAAUCGACGGCGAACUCACCUCCUCCAGACUUGGUCAAUGGCACGGCGAGCCCUUCCAUGGCAAGUCCAAUUACACCUCUUCCUCCUUGGAACACGGUACUAUCCAUUGCUGAGCUGUAUUUGCUAUAUUGCGAAUCUCAGCCUCUUCCACUAUUUCAUAGAGCAACUUUCGUCAGAACUCUUGGGGGUCGUGAUCCUGAGAUUAUCUAUGCUGUGCUUGCACUGAGCGUCCGAUUCUCAGAGGAUUUAUAUGCAAAUGAUGAUGAACUAGUGGAUAUGGUCAACAGCUACGCGGAGGUAGCCAGAGGUCUGGUCACGAAGAGGGUCUGGGAAGGACCAGUUGAGCUCUCCACUCUACAGUCACUCUGUCUGCUGAGCCUAGUCGACUUCACAAAUGGGAACACACACCGUGCAAUGAUUCAUGGUAGUAUAGCUAUGAAUCUGGCUCAAUGUGCCAACCUCAGCUCGGAGUCUCAUACAGGACUAUCUCCAGUAGCUCGCGAAGAGCGUAGACGCUGUUUCUGGAGCAUCUGUCUGCUGAAGCGUCUCCAUGGGGGCGAAUUGACUAAUCUGGAAUUCUUUGAGAGAAAUUACCUUCCAUUUCCCGAGAGCCCUGCACGGCCUACACUUCAAUUCUCCCCGGAAAGCACUACAGAUGAAAGUCGGUUGACCGAUCUUCAAGAUCAGGGUAUCGUCGCCUAUGUGAUCAUGCUCAGCGAGGUCUUUGCAAAAACGGGUAAAUACGUCCGUCGCCAUGGAAAGCCAAACAGCGUGCCCCCUUGGUCAUCCCAGUCAGAGUACUCCGAAAUACUUGCCUUGCAGAUGGAUUUGGAAACGCGGAUGCCGUAUACUCACCGGUUCAAGCCUGCUAAGCUAAGCGAGAGGACGCCCGAAGAACUCUUGGAACACCGCGAUUAUUGGAGCCCGUGGUUCUUGAAUCAAUUUCUGUACCACACGAACCUGUGUCUCCUGAAUCAUCCUCUUUUGCUCUCGUUGAGUCUACGGAACUUUCGGAGUAGCAUCCCAGAGAUAUUUUUACAGCACACAUCAGACCUCAUCUCAUCGCAUACAACCUGGAUUGUUUAUUUCAUUGACUACUUUGAAAAGAAGUCAUUCAUCGCUUCUGACCCAUUGCUGGGGUACAGCGCAGCGGUUGUGGCCACCAUUGAACUGCAGCUUAGCUUCACGGAAAGCCCUACAAUACGACAGGAAAAGAGAAACAGGUUUUCGAAAUGCGUCAGGUUUGUGCAGAGUAUUGGGAAAAAAUGGCCCCAUAUGGCACGAAUGGCCGAACGAUUACAACGCUUGGAAGACGCCGUUACCUCGUCUUACCAACCAGACCCAAAUGCGCAGAACAAAAGUUUACUGAUCGACCUCUCACGCUUCUGGGAGAUUCUCGAAUACUCAUUCAAUAGCGAUGCUACUUCUGCACGCCGCAUGUUUGGUGAUACCCUUUAUCUGGGGCCUCCUACAUUUGCCGCGGAGGUGUCACAGACCUCUCCUUUACCAGCACCCACGCGACUCGACUUACUUGGACAAUUACGCUCACAGGAAGAUACUGGUCUUGGUAGUGGUCCAGCUUCCCCGUUGCCACAAUAUACAGUGGAUGCUUUGGCCUCGCCGCGGCACAUGGAUCUGAUCAAUGAUGAAUUCUCAAUACUGGCGACGAAUUUCUUUUCCCAGGGACAAGACUUUCUACGAAGCCAUGAUACCAGAGAAGGGGCAGGGGAUUUUUAG